AUGUCAAAAGGAUAUAACAAGGGCCCAAUUAUUAAGAAUUUUGGUCCUGAAUUUUCCAAAAAGCUAAUUAGAGAAGCGUUAGCAACCCAUAUUUCAAAUAUUGAUCACGAAAUAUGCAAUGCCGGAGAAGAGGACUCUUUUUUUGUUGUUGAUUUAGGUGAAGUUUAUCGUUCCUACAUGAAAUGGAGGCAAACAUUGCCUAAUGUUCAAGCUUACUAUGCUGUCAAAUGUAACACUGAUUUGUCAGUGAUCAAAUUAUUAGGUCAAUUAGGUGCAAAUUUUGAUUGCGCUUCAAAGAAUGAAAUUGACAUCGUUUUGAGUUUAGGAUUCUCCCCGGAUAGAAUUGUUUACGCUAAUCCAUGCAAGACUAAUUCUUACAUUAGAUAUGCCAAUGAAGCUAACAUUGAAUUGACAACUGUUGAUAAUCCUCAGGAAUUAUACAAAUUGCAAAAAUAUCAUCCUAAAUGUGGAAUCUUGAUUAGAAUUGCUACCGACGAUGAGACAGCUCAAUGUCGUUUAUCCACUAAGUUUGGUUGUAGUGUUGAUACGGCAGUGAACGAAUUAUUGCCUCUAGCUGCAAAAUUAGGUUUAAACAUUAGAGGAGUUGCUUUCCAUGUAGGAUCAGGAGCCAAGGAUUUUGAUUCCAUUCAUAAGGCUGUCAAGGAUUCAAGAUUUAUUUUCGAUAAAGGUAUUGAUGAAUACGGAUACGGUGAUUCCAUGAACAUUUUAGACAUUGGUGGAGGUUUUGAAAUGGAGACUUUUGACAAGUCUUCAGCAAUGGUAAAACUAUCAUUAGAAAAAUACUUCUCCAGCGAUUACUGCUCAUCGCAAAAUAUUAAGUUUAUUGCAGAACCAGGUAGACUAAUGGUCUCUAAAGCCUUCACAUUGGCUACGCAUAUUAUUGCGCGUAGAGAUCUUCCAGCGUCCUUGAAGGAGUCUAAUGACCUCGAGGCGAUGCUCUACAUCAAUGAUGGAGUCUAUGGUAACAUGAAUUGUAUUCUUUUUGAUCACCAAAACCCAAUUCCUCAUGUUUUGACUCAUAAGAACAAUUUAUGUUUCGACGAGCAAGAAUCCGAUAAAGCUACAAAACACCACUUUUCCAUUUGGGGUCCUACCUGUGAUGGUUUAGAUUGUGUUUCUAAUAGAAGUGCUUUGUAUCACAACGUUGAAGUUGGUGAUUGGCUUUACUUUCCAAACUUGGGUGCUUAUACUUCCGCUGCUACAACCUCGUUUAAUGGGUUUAAGAAUAAGGCGCAGGUUAUUCGUGUAGCAUCUGAAGAUUUUUCAGAACUCGAAUUGUGA